AGAAGUGAAGCGGCAAAGCGGCAAAGAUGCAGAUAUUCGUGAAAACCCUAACGGGGAAGACCAUAACCCUCGAGGUCGAGAGCAGCGACACCAUCGACAAUGUGAAGGCCAAGAUUCAAGACAAAGAAGGGAUUCCUCCGGAUCAGCAGCGUUUGAUAUUCGCGGGGAAGCAACUUGAAGAUGGAAGGACCUUAGCAGAUUACAACAUCCAGAAGGAAUCGACGCUCCACCUUGUUCUCAGGCUUCGCGGUGGCAUCAUUGAGCCCUCCUUGAUGGCCUUGGCUCGCAAGUACAACCAAGACAAGAUGAUCUGUCGCAAAUGCUACGCUCGUCUGCAUCCAAGGGCUGUAAACUGCCGCAAAAAGAAGUGUGGUCAUAGUAAUCAGUUGAGGCCAAAGAAGAAGAUCAAGUAAAUUCUGGCUGAUCUUGUUUCUUUCUUUAUGUUAGACUGGGACUGGGUUCUUUUAUUUACAUAACUACUGUUGAAUAUUUCUCGUUUUAAUUAAUGUUAGCAGUUUUUGGACGUGGUUUUUGUAUGGUCAAUUAUAUUGUUGGGAUGACAU